UAUCUGUUAAAAAUUUAUCUGAUGCUACUAUAAAAUAUUCUUACAAAUUAAUAAUUUAGAAAAAUAGAUAAAAUUGAAACUAGUAGUUUUGGUAUAAAGCGAAAACUCCAACGUCCAUUCGUUUGUCUUAGACUCUUAGUUGAGUAUUUUCCUUUUCCUUCAUAAAAUAUUAUUCAUAUUUUAAAAUAACAAAGUCUCUUAAUCUCUUUUAAAAUAACAAAUCUCUUUAUUAAAAUUUCAUACUCGUGUAGUUGUGAAGGCCAACUACCUAGUAUAUCUUAAAUUACCAAUCAAUUGCUCGCUUGUUAUAUUAAAGAAAAAAAGUAAUCUCUAAAAUAAUCUCAAAGAAAAUAUAGAGAACAUCCGUUGUUGAUUUUCAUUUUUCCAUUUCAACGUGUUUAAGGAAUUAUAUAUCUCUCUUCCCUAUUCCUCUCAUUCAAUUCGUGGAGGGUUAUUGGUUCAGCAUGAACACAUUAGUUAACGAUUCCAAGGGAUUCCUUAGCCAUAAAGGUCAAUUUGGUUCUGCUCUUCGUUUAUUUUUUUUUUGAACUGCCUGCUCUUUUAGGCUAACCAGUAACAUAUUUCCUUUUUUUUUUUUGUUCAGGUUGAUUUACUGAUUCACUCAACCACAGCUGUUUCAGAUGUCUGAAUUAAUGGAGCAAUUCUUGGCGCUGUCAGUGUCUCCUCCUCUGAUUCCGUCACUUCCAGACGACAUUACCGUUGAUAUCGUAGCUGCUCGUGUACCCCUAAACCAUUACCCGACUCUCUCCCACGUUUCCAAGAGUUUCAGGAAACUCAUUGCCUCUCCUAAGCUCUACAAGAGGCGAUCCCAGCUAGGCAUCACCCAACACCGUGUCUAUGCUGUCCUCCAGAGCCGCAAAACUCGUGCUUCCAGUUUCUACAUCCUUCACCGGAAAGUCGACGACUGCAGUAACCGCUUGGUGGUUGUCCGGUCAAUUACUCUCAAGUCUUCCUGCGGAAAAUAUGUCCCGGUGGGUUCGAAGGUGUAUGUGUUUAACGAUGUAGAUGCGCUCAGCAUUGACUGCACCUCUCACACGUCUCAGUCCAUCCCUGACAUUCCUCAGCGCAUGGCUUUUAAAGUGGUUAACGUGGUUGGCGAGAAGAAGAUUUAUGUAAUCGGUGAUUCGGUUUGUCAUGUUGAGGAGGAGGGUGGUAUGUUGCGGGAAACGUGGAAGAAGGCAGUCACGGUGUUUGAUACAGAAACCCAGUUGUGGGAGCCUAAGUUGGUAAAGGAAGACAUGUUUUUAGGUGUCCUUUGGUCUGAUUCUGUGGUGAUGGAUGGUAAGAUUUACAUGAAAGAUUACAGCAAGGGCAACUCUUUUGUUUAUGAACCAGAUGAAAGGAAAUGGGAAUUUAUGGACGAGGUGUUGAAUUCUAAGGCCUGGAAGGGUGCAUGUGUGGUUGACAACGUCUUGUACUAUCACGAUUUGAGGGUGUUGAGGGCAUAUGAUCCAAAGCAGAGCUGUUGGAGUGUUGUCAACGGUUUGGGAGAUUUUUUGGUGGCUAAGACUGCUCGUUCAAGGUGGUGCCAUGCGGUGAACUAUGGCGAGAAGAAGCUGGCUCUCUUCUUUCAUAAAAACCAUGACGGCAAAGAGGUCAUUUUCUGUGCAGUGAUUGCUUUGGAAAGACGCCAAGGAGGAGAGAUUUGGGGUCAGAUGGAGUCGUGUGAUGUUGUGAAUGAGGAUGGGCUGUUUGACAUGGUCAAAUUUGUUACGGUUUCCCUUUGAUGCAGCAUAAUAAUAAGAAUAUCUCUAUUUAGAUCCCUUCGUAUUUUAAAUUAUCCUAAAUGCCAUCUCUUGUGGUCGUAAGUUUGCUAACAUCGUUUAUGUUAGACAAAACCUUGAGUGUGUUGUUUUAUGUUGUCGUUUAAAACUUUGGGCUAUGGUCUGUUAAAUUUGCUAUGUUUUAUUCUUGAAUAAUUACCUUAGACUUGAAGUUUUUCUCAUCACAGCCUCUUCACAGGUUAAAUUUUACGAGACAUUUAUGUUUGGUUCCCAUGUUCAACUAUGAUGCAAGCAGUUAAUAGAGAUGAAUUAAAGAAAGGGAAACAUAAGAGUUUGAGAUGAAAUAGAAACCUUAAACAAACAUACACUUACCAUGUGACUAAUGAGAACUCCAUGUCGAAGAGAUUCUUCAAACGGCUGUUUCCUCCUCCUCCUCUGGCUCGACGCAUCAUCAUGAGGCGGCAUGGCUCCAGGAAGCGGAAGAGGGCGGCGUGGGUUUGGAUAAGAUCCGGCGAUUCUCCAAGAGUUGCUCUAGAAAGUACGAGCUUGGUUAUGAAGUUUGUCGUGGCCAUUAACCAGCUGCUAAUGUUAUUCACAAAGCAAAUGUUACUGCUUUUUGAUUUGAUGUCUUCUGGUUCUGUAUUAGU